UGGGAAUCGGUGAAAAUCCCAGGAUUUUGGGCAGAGAGGGGUUAACAAAGCGUCUGGAAAUGCGCCGUGCAGCCGGCAUAUAAAUCUCCCUCUACCCGGGGACGGAGCUCCGAGUCCGGGAACUGAAGUCCCGCAGCCCCGCAGGGCGCACGGACAGCCGCCCCGCAGCCCCGCAGCAGCCCCGCAGCAGCCCCGCAGCAGCCCCGCAGCAGCCCCGCAGCAGCCCCGCAGCAGCCCCGCAGCAGCCCCGCAGCAGCCCCGCAGCAGCCCCGCAGCAGCCCCGCAGCAGCCCCGCAGCAGCCCCGCAGCAGCCCCGCAGCAGCCCCGCAGCAGCCCCGGAGCGCAGGGCGCACGGACAGCCGCCCCGGAGCGGGCAGCCCCGGCAGCCCGAGCCCCGUUCUUCCCUGCGGGACAUGUUGCGGGGUCGGCCGGCACCCCCCCCGGUCCCCCGGCCAGUGAGCAUGUAGAGCCGCGUCCCCCGCGCAGAUGACGGAGCCCGGCCCGGCUCUCUGCUCCAGGUCCAGGGCCAGGAUGAGGAAGCAGCCGGUGAGCCCCGCGGUGCUGGUCCUGGCUCUGGGAGGUUUCCUCAUGGCCGUCUUCUACUUCAGCAGCAGCCUGAAGCCAGCGUCUGAGCCGCAGGGAGAGGGAAGCAGCGGACGGAAGACGCGGAGAAGUCCUCUGCAGGCGCUGUACGACGGAGACCAGGUUGAGUCGGCCGUUCAAGCCGUCCACCAGGGUCGGAGAGAGCUGUUAGAGGAGGCCUGCCGCUCCUACACCCACAAACGCAGAGUCCUCAUCCCCGAAGACCUCAAGCACGUCAUUGUGGACGACCAGCACGGUUUGCUGUACUGUUACGUCCCCAAAGUGGCCUGCACCAACUGGAAGCGGGUGCUGAUGGUCCUGACGGGUGCCGCGGGGCCCCACAGAGACCCGCUCGCCAUCCCGGCCAACGAAGCCCACGUCCCAGGAAACCUGCGCACCCUGUCGGAGUACACCACCUCCCAGAUCAACCAGCGCCUGCGCUCCUACCUGAAGUUCGUCUUCGUACGCGAGCCCUUUGAGCGGCUGGUAUCCGCGUACCGCAACAAAUUCACACGCAGCUACAACACCGCUUUCCAUAAACGAUACGGCACAAAGAUUGUGAAGCGACACAGGCCGGACCCACAGCCGGAGGCUUUGGAGAAGGGAAACGAUGUCUCCUUUGAGGAAUUCGUCUAUUACCUAGUGGACCCGGCAACGCAGCGAGAAGAGCCCUUUAACGAGCACUGGGAGCGGGUGCACUCCCUGUGCCACCCCUGCCUCAUCCACUACGACGUGGUGGGGAAGUACGAGACGCUAGAGCAGGACUCCCACUACGUGCUGCAGCUGGCCGGGGUGGAGGACCAGGUCAGCUUCCCUGCCUCUUCCAAAAGCACCAGGACUACAGGAGACAUGGCGGCACAGUUCUUCCGUGACAUCAGCCCUUUUUACCAGAAGAAGCUUUACAAUCUCUAUCGCAUGGACUUCCUGCUCUUCAACUACUCGAUGCCUUCCUACCUCAAGUUUAGAUGAGGCUGGGACGUCGUCCGACUUGUGCCGCAAUCACAGGGGACUAGUUUGACCUGGGGAUCUGCAGUAAUUGGCAAUAAAUAUGGAGAACAUCUGCUAUAUUAAUCUGGUGCGAAUUAGCCACGUCUUACAUUUGUAAAGUAAAAAUUCCUCCAGAAAUGACCUCCCUUGUUUCAGAAAACCCAGAGGCCGUGUGAUGAUUUUAGUCCGGUGUGAAUGCACGUCUCAGUUAGUCUGUAAAAAACAUCCUUCUGGUACAAUUAUUUCAUAUCAUAUCCACUGAUAUAUCAUUUUUUGAAGGUAAAUAAAGACCAAUAAAGAGCGAAUGCGAGACGGAUGAUGCGUAACCCUGCAUUCACACUGAAAGUGUCAAAAAUCUCCAUCUCGCUGCUUGGUGCGUUCACACUGAAAGCUGCAUGUACUGUCGACUCCUGCAGUGGGCGGGGCUAAAUCUGCAGUGGGCAGGGCUAAAGCAGCAGCGGGCGGGGCUAAAGCUGUAGUGGGGCUUGAAGCUGCGUUGCAGAACUGGAGGGAACAGUGUAUAGUCUACACAUAUAGCGUACACAUCUUCAGUUUCCUAUUUCACCAUAGAUCACACUUUGGGACGCCUUCUUAUAUUUUAGCUUUAUUUCCGCGUAGAUAAGAGUGAGUUUGAUGCUCCUUAGUAUCCUUAGUAUUUGAUACUCCAGGUUGGUCCGCGGAUCAACAUCAACAUCAACCGCCAGCGAGCCCCUUGCUCCCGGUGGCUGAUUUAUGGUUCCGCGUCACACCAACGCAGAGUCUACGGCUACGCCGUUGAUUUAACGCGGAACCAUAAUUCAGGCUUCGCUGCAGUCUGUCUGCGCUGAUACUGCCACACCGGGUCGGAGCAGAUUUGGUCAUGAUGUUUAACCUGUGUUUUGUGAUGAGCAGUUCAGGUAAAAACGGGAGUCAAACCAGCAAAAAUGUCAUUUUGCUGGAUGAAAUAUAUUAAUUCCUGAUAAAAUAAGUUUGUUAGUGACAGCUCUGCUCCUGUACGCAUGUGAAUCAGUGUACGUUUGUGUGAACAAGAAAGUACAAUGUGCAUUGAGGCUUCAGGAAUCCCAGUCUGUGAUUGGACGCUGCCUCGGCAUUGCUGCUGCUCAUUUGCAUAAAGUUGAGAUUUUUAAACUUCAAAUUGACGCUCUGGACAGGCUGCUCCCGCUGCCUCUGCUGCUCUAGCUGCUCCGCUGCCUCUCGACGCGCGUUUUCAUAGGAAAUGAAUGGCAGCCGGCUGCCUAUGACGCCCGUGACGCUUUCAGUGUGAACGCAGGGUAAGAACAUUGCUAUCUUCCAUCAGCGUUAGUCGGACAGCGCAGACCUCCAGUCACAGUUUGGGAUAACCGCCUGUAACUGAAAGUAAAUUAGACUUGGCCUGUCCUGUUUGAAUGUGCCGUACAAAACACAGAUGUGGCUGGGCAAGUUUGCAACAACAUUGAAUAAGAGAAUGUUAGUUGUGGAGUCCUACAGCAGCAGGAUGGGAAGACUUUCUAGAUCUUUCCUUCACACAUGGAGGGUGAAGAAGUCUGUCACUGAAGCUGCUCCUCAGUUCUGUCAGGUCACUGUGCUGGAGGGGUGGGGGCUCACUGUCCAGCAUGGAUGACAUUUUAGCUGAAACUCUCCUGUCACCCACCUCCGUCACGGAGUCCGAAGAUGGAUCAGUCCAAUUUUCAAUUCAAUUUAUAUAGCGUCUAAUACAACAAAAGUUGUCUCGAGACGCUUUCCAGAGACCCAGAACAUGAACCCCCGAGCAAUUAUUACAUAAACAAUGGCAGGUAAAAACUCCCCUAGUGGGAGAAAAACCUUAAGCCAAACAGUGGCAAGAAAAACUCCCCUUUAGGAGGGAAGAAACCUGGACCAGGACCUGGAUCAUAAGGGGGGUACCCUCCUGCCGAGGGCCAGACUGGGGGUCGGGGGCAUCAGCAGCACAGCAGGCAUGUGGAAGCAGCAGUGGGAUGACCUGGGGUGGGGGCCGCAGG